AUGAUGGGGCGGGCAGCGGAGAAGGGCGACGCCGCACAUCUGGUCAAGACACUUGGUCAGCUGGAACAGGCGCUACAGGCGUCCAAGACAGACAACGUGGGCGCACUGGUUUUGCUCCUGGUCGUCCACCGGCUGCUCUUAACUCUGCAGGCCGCCUACGAUCCAGGCGGUCCCUACCCAGCCGGUGGCGGCUGCCCAGCCCCCAAUCCCGGCGCCCCCAGUCCGGGUGGCCCUGGCGCAGGAGAGGUGCCGGCGUGGGAAGGUCAUUCGGCGUGGGAGGAUCCGGUGCUGACGAAGAUUUCUUCGGUCCUCAUUUACGUAAAGGAGAAGGAGCGGCGCUGGAGGAGUCUCGGGUUCCUAUACGCACGCUAUCUCAAGACGCGCGCAGGGCUCCAUGGUUUCUUGGAACAACUCGGCGCCGUCGCAAACCUUAAGGCGGUCGUCGAGACCCCUGCGGCCGGUCCAGCGCCGUCCGGGCCGCCUUGGAGCGCAGCACUGGACGGCUUCACGCAACUCGCCGAUGAAUAUGCCGCCUUCCUCGACCUUCUGUGCGAUACGGUCGCCAACGCGCGCGAAGGACCGGACGACGUUUAUUCGUCGGAGGACGCAGGUGAAGAUGGAAAUUUCUCUGAACAGGGUCGGUUCUCUGAACAGGGUCGGUUCUCUGAACAGGGCAGGUUCUCUGAACAGGGCCGGUCUCCCGGAGCAAGGGAUAAGUCUCCCGGAGCAAGAGAUAAGUCUCCCGGAAAAGACUCGCGACCGAGUAGACUGUCAGGACCGGGGAGCUAUGUGUUGGAAGAGCUGCUGCCGCUGGCGCUGAUCGAAGGACGCUUCUUACUCGCCAAGUACGCUGUGCUCUUUACACAGAGCGUGCUCUGCUUCUGCCUUGUGCCCAAACCAAACGCUGACCGCUACUACGAAUUCGUCAGCGUACUGAACCCGAGCAUGACCCGCCAGUUCGACGUCUGGAUGAAACUCCGAGACGACAGUAAUCUCAUUCGCAAGGCCUACUUCGAAAGCCACUGGCUCCGCAACUGGCUACCCCACACAGGAGCGGGUCACACUGGCCCGGGUCACGGCGGCCCGGGUCACGGCGGAGGUGGAGGCCACGGCGGAAGUGGAGGCCACGGCGGAGGUGGAGGCCACGGCGUUUGCGAUUGUUAUACCACACGUUUCGGUUCCACGGCGCCUGACGUGCUGGUGCUGAACGAGUUUCUGUUCAGCCUUUACCCAAAACUCUUCAACUUCUACUUCACUGGUAGCAGCGACGGAGGCGUAGGCGCGGGUGGGGGUCGAGACGGCGGUGGCGGUGGAGGACGAGACGGAGGGCGUGAGGGGGGGCGUAGUCGGAGCCGGCUGGCGUUGUACGAGGCGUUGUUGUCGUUGAUGAAGUUACACGCUUGUAGCUACCCUGGAUCUCUCAAGUUGUUGUUGAACAGUGGUGUACACUUGGAUGGGUUGCAGCGGUUGACUGCUUCGUUGACGGCGCUGUACGACUUGGAGUUCGGUGGGGAAGAGAGUGGGGGGGCGAAGGUGGUUUCGAACCCACGACUUCGUUACGCCGGCGGUUUGCCAGCACUGCUCCCGGCGCGAGGUUCCGUCUUAGUACCAAAGCCGACAUCGGGUGUGAGCAUAAGGCACAAGGGACUCAUUGCGGGUGUCAAGCUGAGUCUAUGCCGCUGCGAAGACCUGCCCACUGUCGUCUUUGGCCAAAGCAAAUUUCCGUUGUCCACGACCAAGGCCGCCGGUCUCGCUGCGAAAGCUGGGCUAGCGACAGGGUUGGCGACCAAGGCUGCGGCAGGCUGGAAGCACAGCAGGAAGACUGACGAUAAAAGAACGCGGACGCUUGCUUAUCAUCCCAUACUGGACCCGAUGCUGCUCCCGGAAGGGGAUCUGCUUUUCACACUUGCGCACGUCGUUCAAGACAUCCUCGACAAAAUACGAGAAGUCCAGACCGAUGUCAUCACUCUCAGAGACAAAGGACACUCUUCCUUCCCGCCCGCUCUGACUGACAUGUUCCUCGCCAUGGAUCCCCCCAAGUCCCCCGCCCGAUCGACCUCGCCCUCAACGACCGACCAGGAUGUUCCAAACAAGACAGGAGCCAAAACGCCUCUAGACAUGCGGUCAUCGUCGCAAACUAGAUCCUCCUCUCAAGCACGGCCGUCUCCAAGACGGGGUGUGGAGGGAGCCGGCAGUUCGGGUCUCACCAACUCGGACAUGAGUGGAUAUGCAGGGCCCGCCAACUCGGGUUCAGGGUACAGCGUGCUGGGACUGAGUCACUCGGCGGCGGAGUCAGGGCUAAGUAAUGACGGUUCUGGUCGCACAGGUUCUCCUCAAGUUUUCUCCAGACCACCGCUCUCCAUUGGUAGUCGGUCGGGAUCCAGUGCGGAGACCGAGACAUAUUUUUGUGUUGGGUCUUCCACAGACAUGGCGCUACGGAAGAUCAUGGAGGGGUCGCAGCAGGCCAAACUUAAGGAGGAACGACUCAAGGAACGCGGUUACCACCAACGCGGACGCAGCUGCCAGGAGGGACAACCCGCCAAUCGAGAACUCACCAAGAGCCGCAGUGAUGGCCGCUAUGACCACGGCACGAACUACAGCUCCCACUCGCGCAAGAGCCGCCGAGGCAAACGCUACCUCAACCCACUCGGCAAGGCUGCACAGGCCUGGCUCCCUAAAGCUUGGAGACCCAGGAACAAAAAAAACACCAGACAGCUCUCCUUCCCCGACGACCGGAACGGGGCACAUCAGAACGCCGCCGAAGACUCGAGGGGCGGAGACCGAAGCGGCGAAGACCGAACCGGCGGAGACCGAAGGGGAGACCGGGACCACCCAAAUGGAAGCCGAACAGGAGACCUGAAUGGAGACCCAAAUGGAGGCCGGAACGGGGAUGACCGGCCAGGGGACGAGAGCUCGGACGGUGAAGAGAGUCUCCGCGCCCAGCCACGCCGGGACGAAGACCCCUCGGACACGGUUGCGGACCGCGCAGCCCGGAUCCGCGACGGAGGCAGCCCCUUCGCGAAUCCCGCGGAC